GCCCCACUGCUGACAAUGCAUCCUGCUCCACUGAGGUUUCCAAGAGCACAGUGGCCUCCAUAAUUCUCAAAUGGAAGAAGUUUGGCCCAACCAAGACUCUUCCAAGGUGGUCGCCUGGCCAAACUGAACAACUGGGAGGGGGGGCAUUAGUAAGAGAGGUGGCCAAGAACCCUAUGCUCACUCUGACUGAGCUCCAGAGAUCCUGUGUGGAGAUGGGUUCCACAAGGACAACCAUCACUGCAGCGACGGAAGCCUCUCCUCUGGCUUAUAUCUGGGGAAAACCAUGCAUUGCUUAUCCCCUGCUCAGUACCAUCCCAACAGGGACAGAGAGAUCGGUCAUUGUUGAGGGAAUGCUGAAAGCACACAGCCAAGUCAACACAGGAGUGGCUUUAGGACAACUCUACUGUUGUCCUAGAGUUGCCAAGCCUGAGCCCUGACCUGAACCCUACCAAACAACUCUGGAGAGACCUGAAAAUGACGUCUACUGACCUGCCAACCUGGCUGAGCUUGAGAGACAACUGUGUCGACUAUCGACUGAAUCAGUCAUCACAUGUGAACAUUUCUCUGAACGCGGCCUCUUCAGUUGAAGAAUUCUGGCAGAGGAGGGUCCUGGGAUUGUCUGGAGGGAUAGAAGAGAUGGGUGCUGUCCGCUGGGACCUGGCUGGAUGUCUUCUGCUGAGCUGGAUUAUUUGUUACUUCUGUAUCUGGAAAGGUGUCAAGUCUUCAGGAAAGGUUGUCUACUUCACCGCCACAUUUCCUUAUGUGAUGAUGAUUGCUCUGCUGAUCCGAGGGUUGACUCUGCCUGGAGCUGCUGAUGGGAUCAGAUUUUACCUCUCUCCUGAUCCAGCACGUCUGGCUGAUCCUCAGGUGUGGAUGGAUGCUGGGAGCCAGAUAUUAUUCUCAUACGCUGUCUGCACUGGCUGUUUGGCAUCUUUAGGAAGCUACAACAAAUACAACAACAACUGCUACAAAGAUGCAUUUGCUCUGUGCCUGCUGAACAGUGCAACCAGCUUUGUUGCUGGCUUUGCAAUCUUCUCCGUCCUGGGCUUCAUGUCAUAUGAGCUGGGUGUCGACAUCUCAACAGUGGCUGAAUCAGGUCCUGGCCUGGCUUUUAUUGCAUAUCCUCGGGCUGUAGCCAUGAUGCCUUUACCUCAAGUUUGGGCCGCCUUCUUCUUCUUUAUGAUCAUCUUUCUUGGGCUAGACAGUGAGUUCGUCUACCUGGAGGGCCUGGUCACAUCUGUGUCAGACAUGUAUCCAUCCUUCUUUUACGUUGGCCAUCGCCGUAAACUUCUCCUGUUGCUCAUCUGUGUUGUGUCCUUCCUCAUCGGGCUCUCUAUGGUCACUGAGGGAGGACUGUAUGUGUUCCAGCUCUUUGACUAUUACGCCUGCAGUGGAAUCCCACUGAUGAGUUUUGCCAUUUUGGAGUCUGUUUGUGUUGGAUGGGCGUAUGGUGCUGAUAAUUACUACAGCAACAUUAAAGACAUGAUUGGUUAUCGUCCUUCACCUUACAUGAAAUACUGUUGGAGGUUCAUCACACCCUGUGUAUCUACAGGCAUACUGCUCUUCUCUGUGGUUAAAUUCACUCCUCUGAAAUACAACAACACCUACGAGUACCCCUGGUGGGGUUACGCUCUCGGCCUUUUCCUCGCUCUGACUUCAGUCCUCAUGGCUCCACUGUGGAUCCUCUUCAAACUCGCCACCACUCCAGGAACUCUGAGACAGAGGCUUAAAGCAGCGAUGACUCCAGCAGAUGAUCUGCUCAGAUCAAAACUCAAGAUGAACUUAAACUCUUCCAAAGAUCAUGAAGUGUGUGUUUUAAACCCGACUGAGAAACUUUUUAUUUCUAAUAGUGUUUAAAAACAAAAAGAUUCCUCUCUGGUCCCUGAGAGCUAAUAGGAAAUUCAAAUAUAUUUUAUAUUUAUCAUAUUUUGGAACAUUUAUACUUGUCUGAUAAAAAUAUAUAUAGAACUCAUGGAUGUUUCUACUCAAGUGUCACCUUUAAGAAUAAAUAUAAGAAUUAAUUUUAAAUAUUUCUGAUGUUUGUUUCAUUACUUUAAAUGACCAUUUAUUACAGUGUAUUACUGCCAAUGCUGGUAAUGAAUCAGUUUUAAUAUCAGGUAUAUAUAUUAUUAUUCAUGGUGAACUGUAUUUACUUUACUUUUACUUUACUUUUUUUUAAACUUUAUUUUUCCCCCUUUAGUACAGAAACACAGAAUUCACUUUACAAAAGCGUUUUAUUUUCAGUACUGAGUGAAAAUUCAGCAGAUUUCAAUGUUAGUUGUUGAUCUGUGAAAUUAACAGGGAUUAAUCACCUCUUUAAAACCAGUAAAGGAACAAUGUUUGUGUGUUUAUAUGAGGAGUUGAUAUUAUUUUAAAUUUUGAUUUCGUGUAAUAAAAUCCCCGAUUUCAAGGACUCCUCUUCAGUCUGAGCUGACCUCUUUCAUCUCUCUGAUGAGACCAGCAGGGGGCGACAGAUGUCUGAUAUUAGAGACUGCAAGCAACCAUCCCGGCAACGGCUUAUCAACACUAUCAACUCAUAUCUCUUUUACAGAGAUUUUAUCUGUAAGUUUUAGUAUUUUGAUUUUAAAAGAAGAUAUUUUCAGGGUUAAUUAACUAUGUUUAUUGAUACUAAACUUUCUGUGAAAAGGCCAUGAAGUUAAAAAGUCAGGCUGAUUCUAAAGGCUCACUGAAAAAAAAAUGUUUGAAUAAAUUGUGUAACAUCUUAGUUACCUUAAAUUAGUAUAAUCCUUCUCAAUGUGCACCCAUCUGCAACUUGCAAUGUGCAGAAACACUGAAGAAGAGAAAUCAGAACACUUAUUGUUGGCAUCUUGCCCUUAAUGUGCUCGUGUAGCGUUCUUAAAACAUCAGAAUACUUUCAAGUGCUUGAAUGAUUAAACUCCUGGUGCAAUAAUACCACCACCAUCGGCACAAUCAAGAAAUAGUUCUACUUUUAGCAGUUUUUAACUUUUUUUUAACUGCUUAGAAAAUCUUAAAAAAUGCAAUCAGCCUUCUUUGAGUGUUCACAGUUUUACUCACUGUCUGACUCUGAUCUACAAUGCUCUUCUUGGCUUAGUUUUCUCUCUUGCUUGUGUUCUAGUGACAUUUUAAAUCCGCUUGUUCCUCAUGUUAGGACUGAGUUAGGUGCCUGUGCUUUUAAAUUGUUAUUCUUACCUCAAUUUCCUUCACUAUAAUUGUGAAUUAGCCUUGCAUUCUUCAAAUUGUUUUUUGUUUUGUCUGUCUCUUGAACAAAUAUUAUUUUCACACCUGGACAAAAUUGUUGGCUCCCAAUACAUUAAAGAAAGAAAGAAAAACCCACAGUGGUCACUGAAAUAACUAAACUGACCAAAGAAAUAAUAAAUAAAAAUGUACUGAAAAUUAACUAUUGCAAAUCUUAUUCUUUUGAAUAUUGGUUCAACAGAAUAAUUUUAGUGAUUUAUUUUUGGGCCUUUUCAUGCCUUUAUUAGAUAGAGGAAG